CUUGGACCUCUGAGAGAGCCAGCCCUCCUGGGGGCCGGAGGGCACCUUGCUGCCCCUGCCACCGCACCCCUUGUCUCACUGGUACCUCGGUUUCCCUUCAGCACAAGGGCUGAAGGGCCUGGUCGCUCCACUGAUGGGGAUGCGAGGGGAGAGCACAGGGGCCACUUCCCACCCCAGGGAAAGACAGAGCAGGGUCCCGCGGACUUGGAAGCCCACGCUCUGUCCACCUCGGUCUAGACUCCAGCCUGUGCCUGCUCUGGGCCCCCCUCCGGAGGCACCCCAGCACUUCCACCACACAGCCUCCAACUUCCAGAUGGCAGCUGCUAGGACCCAGGGCACUGGUGCCAGGCCCUGCCCCUCCCUUGCCAGCUCUGUGUGUCUCUAAAGGGCAACAGCAGAGUGACAGCCAGUACCAUCCCCAGCAGGGGCUGAGUGCUGGGGCAGAGGAGAGGGCAGUAGUCCCAGCCUUACAAGUCUCCAUGGGGCAGUCAAAGUCCCCAGGUGGAUGGCAACAUGGGCCUGGCUGUUUAUGAGCACGGGGUGAAGCCUGAGCGCUCGAAUGGCCAACACCACAGGGCUGACCACCACAGACACCGCGGGCUCCGUGGGGCUGAUCCUAGCGGCGGUCGUGGAGGCGGCGGCCCUGCUGGGCAACGGCGCGCUGCUGGUCGUGGUGCUGCGCACGCCCGGCCUGCGCGACGCGCUCUACCUGGUGCACCUGUGCGUCGUGGACCUGCUGGCCGCCGCCUCCAUCAUGCCGCUGGGCCUGCUGGCCGCGCCGCCGCCCGGGCUGGGCCGAGUGCGCCUGGGCCCCGCGCCCUGCCGCGCCGCGCGCUUCCUCUCGGCCGCGCUCUUGCCGGCCUGCACGCUCGGUGUGGCCGCGCUCGGCCUGGCGCGCUGCCGCCUCAUUGUGCACCCGCUGCGGCCCGGCGCGCGGCCCCCGCCCGCCCUGGUGCUCGCCGCCGUGUGGGCCGCGGCCGCGCUGCUGGGCACGCUCGCCCUGCUCGGGCCGCCGCCCGCCCCGCCCCCCGCCCCGGCGCGCUGCUCGGUCCUGGCCGGGGGCCUCGGGCCCUUCCGGCCGCUCUGGGCGCUGCUGGCCUUCGCGCUGCCCGCCCUCCUGCUGCUCGGCGCCUACGGCAGCAUCUUCCUCGUGGCGCGCCGCGCUGCCCUGCGGCCCCCGCGGCCCGCGCGCGGGACCCGGCCGCGCUCCGACUCCCUGGACAGCCGCCUCUCCAUCUUGCCGCCGCUCCCGCCGCGCCUGCCCGGGGGCAAAGCGGCCCUGGCCCCAGCGCUGGCCGUGGGCCAGUUCGCAGCCUGCUGGCUGCCUUACGGCUGCGCGUGCCUGGCGCCCGCGGCACGGGUCGCAGCGGCCGAAGCAGCCAUCACCUGGGUGGCCUACUCGGCCUUCGCGGCCCACCCCUUCCUCUACGGCCUGCUGCAGCGCCCGGUGCGCCGGGGGCUCGGCCGCCUAGCCCGCCGAGCGCUGCCCCGACCCCCGCGAGCCUGGCACCCGCGGGCACUCCUGCAGCACCUCCGGGGGCCUCCGGUGCGCCCCGCCUUGGGCAGUCCUGAGGCACCAAAACCAGCCCGAGAUUUGGAAGGAGAGGAGAGCCUGAGUGUUCCGGAGGCCACCUGAGAGCCGUGUCUCCCAAGCCGAGCUCACACGGGAGAAAGGAGGGGCUAUCCGAAGGGGCCCCUCCAGCCUCCUGCCACAGGUGGUGGUAGGUGCCCUGCCUGAACUUCUGGCUCCACAACAGGAGAAAGGGCCCUGCAGCCUGGUAAGGCCCAGAGGCUUCUGGGACCUAGGAAUCCUGGGUUCUGGACCCAGCCCUGCCUGGCCUGUGCACGGACAGACCCUUUGUAGCCCUCAGUUUCCCCAUCUGUAUCCUGGAUCAUCUCAAGGUCUCCAGCUUAGGUGGUUUGCAUACUCCUGGAUGGUUCCCGGACCAGGAAGGAGGGAGGUGGGCAGGGCCACAGAGAAGAGGGCCCUAAGGACUCACAGCCAGAGGGAUGGGCCAGGCGGGGCAGGAUCUCGGUAAGAGUCACGCAGGAGGAACUGGUGGAGACACUCAGAGGGAUCCCCUGACAUCUGCACUAAGAAGGGGCUGAACAAAGCUCCCGGAACUCCUCCAUCAGCCUCUAAAACGCCCAGAAAACCACCGGAUCAGUUUGGUGCCAGAGGCAGGAGCCUGGACAACAUGAUC